AUGAAUCGCCAAAAACGAUAUGGCGGGCCUGGCCGGUCGCGCCCCUCUCACCCGCGCGUGCCUCCCUCAAAAUCCAUCAACCCCGGGACACCUGUCAACAUUAUCCUCAAGGUCGACCAGCCAACCGGGCACACGGUAUCAGGGACAGUGGGUGAAGUACUCACGCGCGGGGACCAUCCGCGGGGCGUCAAAGUGCGCCUCGCUGACGGGCGCGUCGGAAGGGUACAGAGUCUACGGAGCGGUGACGAGCUAACCGACUCGAUGCAAGAGGAAGCCGACGUAAGGGAAGGGGGCAUACAACUAAGAACAGAGGGAGGCGAUCCGAGUGGAAGACGCAAUCGUUUCGCUGCGCAGGAUAUGCGCCUGGACGGCCCUGAAGAGCCUUCAUCGGAACCCCUUGGCCUAGACAUGUAUAUACGACCUCCUAAGGGAAAUAAGCGGGGCCAAAAGACACAAACGCGACAGAGUUUGAAUGAGAGAGAUGAUGAGAUGAUGGACACAACGGGCAUUCUCCAGACAACAACGGCAAUCGCGUCAUGUCCUGUGUGCGGCGCAUUUGAAGGCGAUGAAGCCGCCGUAGCGCAUCAUGUUGCUGGCCAUUUCGAAGAGUGA